AUGGCAUCCACAACGACAGCUUCAACAGAUGAUCCUCUUUACGAGCCGCCGGGUGCCAUAAAUAUCGGCCAUGAUGGCUUGGUCAAGCUUGGCGACUUUUCACGUUUGAAUUCGCAAAGCCUUGCGGAUUGGGCCUCUCCGAAGACCACCAAGAACUCCGACUCGCCCCCCGUGCUUGGAAAUUUCAAGAGACUCUUUGAGCAACUUCGCUUCCAAGAUAAUGGGACGCCCCGGUAUCAGCUGCCAGUUGCCUCCGCAAAGGCACAGCCAGUCUCGAUACUGAAGACAUCCCUCGAUUCAGUAUCAAUCAUCAAAGUGGUUGAUGUCCCCAACACCUUGACCGGACCAAUAUUCGACCCAAUCACCGAUUCAGAGGUCGGCGGUGGCUCUGACACUGAUGUCUUGCCUGUCGCUUCAUAUUCAACCGCUGCUUCAACGCCGCCAAGCUCCAAUGAGUCUCCUCUCAAUCAUUUUGUUGAGAGUAAGAAGAGCAAGGCCAAGUUUGUGAAGACAAAAGAAAGGUCUCAUUCAAGGGGUAAUUCUAAACCUAGAGUGGUGGUUUGGGAUGGUGUUCGGCCAGAAUCGGUUAAACAUGUCCUCUCGUAUCAGCCUUUCAAAUACGGUCCCGUCUCUGAAAUUCACAGUAAUGUGCCGUCAGCCUCGGCCAAACAUGAAAGUCUUAUGGGUAAACUGGUCCAUGAGCGUAUCGUCGACUCCAUAAUCUGCAACGACUUUUCUACUAUUGCAGACAACGGAAUUCACGUCUUCGUUGACAUGUCCAAUAUCGUUAUCGGCUUCCAAAAAGCCUUGAGAGCCAGAUUUGGCAUUCCCGAAUCUUCGCGCUUCGUACCACUUCCUCAAAUGAACCUCCCUUUUUUCCACGAACUUCUUACCCGUGAUCGCCACGCCGAAUGGCUCAAUGUAGGCUGUUCCAUGCGUCCCGAUCGAGGUGAGCCUCCUUUCAUUCAAGAGCUGAAAGAUCUUGGAUAUCGAGUCGACCUUCGUAGUCGUCGUGCUGAGCAGUCUGGUUCCAACGACCACACCACCUUCGAGACUGGCGGUUUUCGCUAUGUCGAGGAUAUGGUUGACGAAACACUUCAAAUCCGAAUUGGCGAAUCUGUUAUGCAGUAUUUUGAGAUGCCCGGCACACUUGUUAUUGCCACUGGGGAUGCCCGGCCGGCCAAGUACUCGGAUGGCUUUCUCGCGUAUGCCCAACGCGCCCUGAAAAUGGGCUGGAGCGUUGAGGUUGUGUCCUGGAAAGCAAGUCUUUCGUCCGCAUGGAAUGCACUGCUCAAGGAUAACACCAUCGGUUCUCGAUUUCGUAUUAUUGAACUCGAUCAGUUUGUUGAUGAGCUCUGGAUCUGUUAA